AUGCUCACCGUUCCACCUCUUCCCCACCCUACCGCAUCUACUAAGAAUCCUCAGGUUUACAAGCCCAAGCUUGUAGCUAUUGGCAUAGAACUAGCUGUUGUUUGGGAAGCUAUUUGUCAAGCAAAUGUAACAGAGUUCUGUCCACAAGAAUUGAAGAAAUACAGUUUGAUGCAACAUCAUAAUGAAGCUUCAAAUGAUUCAGACCUUGUAAAAAUGGAUGAUCAUUAUUCAGAUGAUUUUUUUGAUUUUGAUGAUGAAUCGGAAUGUGACUACAUAAUCACUCUUCCAGAAGAUCAAACUGAUUUAGCGGAAAGUACAUUGCUAAAAACUGUUGGUGCUACCUGGCUUAAAUCUGACAAGCGUGAAGAUCAUCUGGCUAUUCGCCCUUGGAACAUUGUUCACAAAUAUGUAGCUGAUGGUAGCCUAGAAUUCUUCAUUGUUAUUAUCUUUUUAAUCGAUAAUCAUGGGGGGUUGGUUAGGGAGCACAUGCCUGGUAGAUAUGCAGAGCUGGAUCAGUAUUGCUGGGCUGAUGAAUUUUCCCAACAACACGGUGGGGCCCCGAAUGCUUGGGCUUUAUCCUUUGAGCGGCAAAAUGGUACUGUGGUUUGGGCUUUUAAAUUACAGCAUAUGAUGUCUGUGGACCGAAUGGCAGGUGCAAACAUUCUAUCUUUGGCUGCUAUGGAGCAGACCCAAAUGUCAGCACACACUUUAGCUCAGAACACCAAUCCAAAGUUUCAGGCCAGGCCUGCAGGUGGGGACUGGGCAAAUGAAUAUCAACAACAAUAUAAUACAGGCCCUUCCUCUACCUCUUCGGCAGAUCAGUAUGCACGUGAAGAGGCAAGUAAAACUUUUAUCCUCUUAAUCUUAUCAAUAGGUAUCCAAUGA